AUGUUAAUACCAACAUGUCUUAUAAAAUUACUGGAAUUAAUGUUGACAAUAGCCUGCUUAACAUUGCACCACUAUAGCUACGAUUUGACAGACAUACCGACGUUAAUGCUUUGUUCUGGAACAUAUGUGGGCUACAUUGUGGUGCUCUCUGGAGAAAUUGUUGGGGAAAUGCUAUUCGCGCCCCUGGACUUAGUUCAAGAUAUGUACUUCGGUAUUGUUGGAGUUGGUCUGUUCGCAAUCAGCGGGGGUUUCGUACUAUCAGCCAGGACGAAAAGCACACCUUAUUGGAGAACGGGGGACCAUAACGCGGCCCUGUUGGCCGGCUCUCUUGCGAUUGUAAAUGCUUUUGUGUUGCUCUUCGAUUUAAGUCUGGCAUACUUGGAUUCGGAGCAGUAUGACGACGAGGCGAGCGUGUAA